AUGCUCCCGGUGGCCGUGGUCUUGGUCGUCUUCGCUGUCGCCGUCACCAGCGCUGAAAGUAUCCACCAGGUCAACCCCUUACCCCGGCGCCGCCGUCUUAAGGGCACAGAAGAGAAGGGGCAUCAUACGAACGUCAACGAUGAAGAGAGGGUCAUCUCCUUGGAGUCCGCGAGUGACCUCAUCAGCAAGCUCAAGGUGAAGAUUAACGCGAAGCUGCUCGCGGGGGACAGUGCCAAGCCUGCAACGCUGUCCAAAGCGCAGGUUGCAAGUGUGGCGAAGGAGGUCGUCAAGGAGGUCAAGAAAACCCCCAAAGUCUGGCCCCCGCCGAUGAUCAAGAAGGGUGUACGGCGCGGUGCUGGUGGUGUUCGUUAG